GCCAUGCACACCCUCCCAGUACUUGGGAGUGCGCCCACGCUCGUGAAUAAAUGCUAGUCACGUUUAUUCCGCCGGACUUACCAGCGUUCUCGGAACUUGGUCGAACAGGACACGUCACCCUGCAAAGUAUUUUGAGGCGUAAAUUAGGCGCCAGGCUUCCUCCGUGCUGACUACGACAGACACGUCCUUUCUCUCUCUUGCCACUCAGCUCAGUCCCAAUGGACGCGCCGUGGACAAAGGAGCCGUCGGAAAUCCUCCAACACUUCCGUGUCGACGACAAGCGAGGUCUCUCCGCAGACCAAGCUGCAAAACACGCUGAGCUUUACGGAAAGAAUGAACUCCCUGAAGAGCCGUCUACUCCCCUCUGGGAGCUCAUCCUAGAACAGUUCAAGGACCAGCUUGUUCUCAUUCUCCUCGGCUCUGCCGUCGUCUCUUUUAUCCUCGCUCUGUUUGACGACGGCGAAUCCUUUUUUGGCGCAUUCGUCGAACCUGCAGUCAUUCUUCUCAUCCUCGUCGCUAACGCCGCAGUUGGUGUCAUCCAGGAGAACAACGCCGAGAAAGCUAUUGAUGCCCUCAAGGAAUAUUCCCCCGACGAAGCCAAGGUCCUUCGUUCCUCACAGCUCGCCCGCAUCCAUGCAUCCGAGCUUGUCCCUGGUGACAUUAUUUCUGUUGCAGUUGGUGACAAGGUCCCUGCCGACUGUCGCAUCCUUUCCAUUUCGUCCUCGAGUUUCCGCGUAGACCAGGCCAUCCUCACCGGUGAAUCUGUAUCUGUAAACAAGUCUACCGGCAUCGUCGAUGACCUACGUGCGGUUAAGCAGGAUAUGGUCAACAUGCUCUUCUCUGGCACCACUGUCGUGAACGGUACCGCGCGUGCCGUUGUAACGUCGAUAGGUGCAAGCACGGCCAUCGGGCACAUUCACCACUCCAUCUCCCAGCAGAUCAGUGAAAAGACCCCUCUCAAGCGUAAGCUGGACGACUUCGGUGACAUGCUCGCCAAGGUCAUCACGGUUAUCUGCAUUCUUGUCUGGGUCGUGAACGUCCGCCACUUUUCGGACCCCUCUCACCACGGUCUGCUCAAGGGCGCGGUGUACUACUUUAAGAUUGCCGUCGCUCUUGCCGUCGCUGCCAUCCCUGAGGGCCUGGCUGCGGUCAUCACCGCGUGUCUUGCGCUCGGGACCAAGAAGAUGGCGCAAAAGAACGCGAUUGUACGCAACCUGCCUAGUGUCGAGACACUUGGGUGCACGAAUGUCAUCUGCUCUGAUAAGACGGGUACACUUACUACUAACCAGAUGAGCGUGUCACGCUUCCUGGUUGUCGAUGAGAAUACCGGCUGGCCCAAAGAGUACACGGUUGAAGGCACGACAUACGCGCCAACCGGCGCCGUCGAGUGCACAGAUGGUGCCACUAACCUCACUGCUCAUUCCAUCCGCCGCCUCGCCGAAAUCUGUUCGAUUUGUAAUGAUGCCAAGAUUGUGUACCUUCCCGAGAAGCAUGCUUACACCAAUGUUGGUGAACCUACGGAAGCUGCCCUCAAGGUCCUCGUCGAGAAGCUUGGGGCACCCACGUCCGAACUUGCUCGCUCCCUGGAUAGCAUGAGUCUUUCUGUUAGGGCUAGCGCCAUUAACGAGGCCAUUGAGCACUCUAUCCCACGUCUCCUCACCCUGGAGUUCACGCGUGACCGCAAAAUGAUGUCUGUUCUCGUCCGCACAAACGGCACUGGCGCACUGUUCGCGAAGGGUGCACCUGAGAGCGUCCUCGAGCGGUGUACAAGCGUUCUGCUUGACGGCAAGGUUGCUCCGCUUACCGGCGCGCUCCGCGCCCAGAUUUUGGAUCGCACGGUCGCCUAUGGCGAAGAGGGCCUCCGCACGCUCGCGCUCGCAUACGUAGAUGUCGACGACAUCGACAAGAACCACUACCAUGCUGAUUCGGCCGGCGAAUAUGCCCGCUACGAGAAGGACCUCGUAUUCACCGGUCUGGUCGGCAUGCGUGAUCCCCCACGCCCCGAAGUUCGCGGCGCCGUCGCCUCGUGCCGGGCUGCGGGGAUCAGAGUUAUCUGCAUCACGGGUGACAACGCGCGCACGGCGGAGACGGUGUGCCGUCAGAUUGGUAUUUUCGGCGCUGAUGAGGACCUUACGGGGAAGAGCUACACGGGCCGCGAGCUUGAUGCGAUGAGCCAGGAGGAGAAGAUGGAGACGGUCAAGCGAGCGAGCUUGUUCAGCCGUACUGAGCCGGCGCACAAGAGCAUGCUUGUGGAUUUGUUGCAGGCUCAGGGGUUGGUUGUUGCAAUGACUGGUGACGGUGUCAACGAUGCGCCUGCACUGAAGAAGGCCGACAUUGGUGUCGCUAUGGGUGGCGGAACGGACGUGGCGAAGCUCGCUGCUGACAUGGUUCUCGCUGAUUCCAAUUUCGCCACCAUCGAACAAGCUGUUGAGGAAGGACGACUGAUCUAUAACAACACGAAACAGUUCAUCCGCUAUCUCAUCUCGUCCAACAUUGGCGAAGUCGUCUCGAUCUUCCUGACUGUGCUACUCGGUAUGCCCGAGGCCCUGAUUCCCGUCCAGCUUCUCUGGGUGAACCUCGUCACGGACUCGCUCCCUGCCACGGCGCUUGGCUUCAAUCCGCCGGACCACUCGAUUAUGCGUAUGCCUCCCCGCAAUGCCCACGAGCCCCUUGUCGGGCGCUGGCUCUUCUUCCGGUACCUCGUAGUUGGUUUCUACGUCGGUGCAGCGACCGUGUUCGGCUAUGCUUGGUGGUUCAUCUUCUACGAGGGUGGUCCUCAGAUUUCGUUCUGGCAGCUCACGCACUUCCACCAAUGCGCUUCCACGUUCCCUGAGCUUGGGUGCGAGAUGUUCACGAACGAGAUGUCCCACCGCGCCACGACGAUGAGCUUGUCGAUCCUGGUCACCGUCGAGAUGUUCAAUGCGAUGAAUUCGCUUUCUGAGAAUGAGAGUCUGCUGCGUCUGCCCGUGUGGCGCAACAUGUUCCUCGUCGGCGCCAUCACUCUGAGCAUGGCUCUCCACUUCGCCAUCCUCUACAUUCCCUUCUUCACCAGCCUGUUCGCCAUCACGCCACUCAACUGGGACGAGUGGAUGGCGGUGCUUUACCUGAGUGCACCUGUGGUCGUUAUUGACGAGGUACUGAAGUUCAUCUCGGCGACCUAUGUUGACCCACCAGCAAAAGUCAAGCUUGACUGACGCAUAAACAUGACUUGACGUAGUAGAUGCGCAUCCUGUUUGUUGUAGGAAGUAGAACUAUAGACUAGU